AGGGUAAGAGUUGACUACCCCUGGUCUAGGUGUUUACAAUGUUAUGCUAAGAUGACUUGCUUGCUUGAAUGUACUGUGUGCACCAAUUUAGUCGGAGUUGAGCAAUACCUACAAAGUACUAUUUCACUUUGAAAACACUUUUUUAGUCACAAGAUGGCCUAUGAUAAUGGUUAUGAUGAUUUUUGCAAUGAUCGAUUGACUGAUGACUUCAGCCUUCAGAGAUUCGGACUCGGAGCACUCUCUGAGCUUCUUUGAGGCGGUGGCCAGUCAUUCAUUUGACAAGGACGAGGAGAAAGGCUCUGUCCUGUUCAGCAGCAAGCGCAGCAGCCCAACCAGCAUGUCUCAGGAGAAUCACCAUGGCAAUGAGGAGGAGUCCCGACCCAAUGGGAUUGUGAGGCACAGAACAAGUUUACCAGCAUCCAUGUUCUCCAGAAAUGACUUCAGCAUCUGGAGUAUCCUGAGGAAAUGCAUUGGCAUGGAGCUGUCUAAAAUUACCAUGCCAGUGAUUUUUAAUGAGCCCCUGAGCUUCCUUCAGCGUCUGACAGAGUACAUGGAGCACACAUACCUCAUCCACCAGGCCAACGCCUCCUCUGACUCCAUAGAGAGGAUGAAGUGUGUGGCAGCGUUUGCUGUGUCUGCUGUGGCUUCCCAGUGGGAGAGAACUGGGAAACCCUUCAACCCGCUACUGGGAGAGACCUACGAACUGGUCAGAGAGGACCUGGGGUUCAGGUUGAUCUCAGAGCAGGUGAGCCACCAUCCACCAGUCAGUGCGUUCCACGCCGAAGGCCUGAAGAAAGACUUUGUGUUCCAUGGCUCCAUCUACCCCAAACUCAAGUUCUGGGGCAAGAGCGUGGAGGCUGAACCCAAAGGCAUCAUCACACUGGAGCUUCCCAAGUACAAUGAGGCCUACACAUGGACAAACCCUACAUGUUGUGUCCACAACAUCAUCGUGGGGCAGCUGUGGAUUGAGCAGUAUGGCAACGUGGAGGUGCUCAACCACAAAACUGGAGAAAGAUGCUGUUUGAAUUUCAAACCCUGUGGCCUUUUUGGCAAGGAAUUGCACAAAGUUGAAGGCUACAUUCUGGACAAAAGCAAAAAGAAGGUAUGUUCUCUCUACGGAAAGUGGACAGAGUGUAUGUACAUUGUGGAUUAUGCUGCAUUGGAGGCACAUAAGAAAAGUGGAAAGGGGACAGUGGAAAAGAAAAGCAGCAAACCGGGCUCUCGUGAGGAAGUGGAGGAGAUCUCCCUACCAGAGGCUGACACAGUCGAGGUCAUCCCAGGCAGCUAUCUCCUUUGGAGGAUAGCCCCCAGACCAGUCAACUCUACAGAGAUGUACAGCUUCACGUCGUUUGCCAUGCAACUGAACGAGCUGGAUAAAGAUAUGGAUGGGCUCAUCCCAAAGACAGACUGCAGGCUUAGGCCAGACAUACGAGCCAUGGAGAACGGAGAUAUUGAUCUUGCAAGUGAGGAGAAGAAGAGACUAGAAGAGAAACAGAGAGCUGCAUGUAAAACCCAUUCCAAAUCUGAUGACGAGUUGAAAACAAAAAACCCUGCCCUCGGCCCCAGGUGGUUUCAACAGGGUCAGAAUCCCCACAAUGGCUCCCAGGACUGGUUGUUCUCCACUGGGUACUGGAACCGCAACUAUCCCCUGUUACCUGAUAUUUACUGAUGGACAUUCAUUCCUUGAAUAGUGAGAUUGAUUCUUAUCCACGUCAACUUCCUUAUCUAUCAUGAAUACAUUAAAGCCUUAAUUUAUUACAAUGAAUACACUGUGUAUGAAAAUAGCAAUAAUAGAUGUAUUUGUGAUACAAAAUGUUCAGCUGUUAAACAUGCUUGAUAUGAAUGUAGCGUCUAUAUUAGGUCACAUGUUCCAUGCAGCCAUCAUUUUAUUAUUACUUUUGUGUGGUCUGGUUACCAAUGUAAUUAGAGCAGUAAAAAUACAUUUGUCAUACC